AUAUAGCAAAAAAACAGAUUGUUGAGAAGAACUCGUGUUUUGAUUUCAGUCGUAUCGAAAUAUUCGCGAUGUUGACAUAUCGGUAAAUUGAACACACAGGUCGAUCGUCAUAGACGUUUAAUUCGUUAAUCUUCUUUUUUUUUGGAUAUCAUCGCGAGUUCUAGAUAUACAUUGCGCGUCAAAAAGUGAGUGUGAGUUACAUUAAAAUUGUUAUUUGAUUGUGAUUUUCGGAAUUAUUCAAGGUCAGAUGCCGCGAGAAAAAUCGUCGUUAAAGGGUGGUACGGUUAGUGGUGAUGGCAGUGUGACGCCUAUUAGAAAGGAGCGACUGAGCAAAUCCAAAAAAGAACUAGCUGAAGAAGCUAAACGUGUUCUACACCAGGUCGAUCGAGUGGACUGCAUUUCAUCGCCUCAGGGUGUUGAUCCAGGAAAGUUCUACACGCUUCAGAAUCGGAAAAAGAGGAAAGAAUACUUCUCAGGUUCCCUAGAUCGUAAAAGGAAAUCAAUAGAACUUGUCCCGCCUAAAAAACCGCCGCGAACUUUCGCCGCAACCAAAUAUUCUCGAAAACCCUCAGUUUUCGAUAUAUUCAAAAAGGAAAAACCUGCCCUUCCAAAAAAAUCGAAUCUACGUCGAACAGUUAGCGAUUUAUCAACCACCGGAACCAAAUAUAACGAUAACAAGUUUCGUAACCGAUCCGGAAGUGAUAGUGAAGAAUUUUUGAAGAGAAAAAAUGAAAAAAAACAACUCUCGCCGAUUAUAGAAGUGACACAAAGAGAAGAUUACUUUUCCGCCCCGGAAUUAGACAACGACCAAAACAAAGAGAACGUCGAACCGAAAGGAUUCGUUAGAAAGAAGAAAAAAGAGAGUAUCGCCGAACAACUGAAACAAUUCAUCGACGAAGUCGAUGAGGAAAUAUACAAAGAAACCGGUGUAAGAGUCCCUCCUACGGAGGAACAAAAACCACCGCAACCCGUUAUAAUAGACGUAGAAAAAGCAGAACAAAUUUCGAAUAAAGAAAAAAAAUUCAAACAUUCAGUACUAGCUCGAAAAUUGAAAUCAAUCACAAGAAAAAAGAAACCACCAAAUGAAGCUGAUAAGAAUAAAAAAAACGAAUUUAUUAAAAAGAAGCACGCAAAAAUAAUAAAAAAAGAAGAAGAAAUCCCCAAUCCGAUAAUUAAAAAAACCAUUAAUAAUCUAACGAAUCCAAAAGAUUCUCCGAAAAUGAUUCACAGUAGCCAAAUGCCACCGGAAAAACCACCCUUAACGAAAGGUCGUAAAGUUAACACUCUAGUUAAAAGAUUAAGUAACGAAUCAACUUCACCCCCGCCCUUAAAAACGAACGUCGUAAUUUCUCCACAUAAUUCCGUACAACACAAUAACAACCAACCUUUCUCUUACACUAGAGGCUUGAGCCCCGACAAAUCCCCAUCUAAAGAAACUUUGCCAACUACAGGGAGUCCAAUUAUAUACGCUCAAGUAAUUUGCGGAAAUAACGGCAACUCAUACACAAAACAAACCAUACACACCAGCUACAAUAAAAAAAAUACGCAUUCCGAUUCUGACGAAGGACUCGGGUACGAAGAACACGUUAAUUACAAAACCCUAACUAAAUUCGGGGAAGAUUACGACGAAGUCGAUAAAUAUCAAGAAGAAAACCCCAUUACUCCUAAAUUCAAAAAUCCCGCGUAUUUAAAUGGUUAUUCCACCAACGAAAAAGAACAAUCACCCAGAUAUCUAGAUUCGUCCGCUAGAGGUCGCGGCGACGGAAUGGACAGUAAACGAAGGACAGAAAUUUUCGAAUCUCAGGAACAAUAUUUAACAUGCUUAUCCAAUAAUCUAACAGCAAGAAGAGAUCAAUUAGAAUCUAGAAUCAACCGGAGGGUAACGGAUAAUUCGAUACGUACCUCACCGGAAUAUUUAAAAAAUACCUACCCUGCCAACGUUUAUAUAUAUAAAAACGGUACUGCCAGUCCGGAUAAAUACGGAAAACCGCAUAUUAGAGAAACUAAAUACGUGCAGUACAUCGAGGAACAGUAUCAAUUCGAUAACGAACCGAAAAGUUUCGAUUCCCAAAUUAGUUCGUCACCUGAAAAUAGAAGAUACAACAACAUUUCCAGAUCUAACCAAGAUUCCCUUCGAAGAAGAACCGAUUCAACUAAUUACCGUUACGAAGAAAACGAUAGAAGAGAAAGAUUCGUCGAUUCCGGUAUCGAAAAUGAUUUCCGGAAAGAAUCUACUGAUAAUUUUAGAUCUCGAUCGAGAAGGAGUCGGAAAGAUUAUUGCAACGAAAGUGAAGACGAAGGUUUUGCUAGUUCGUUAUUGAUAGCCAGCGAGAGGCAACAUACCGAAGAGAAUAUCGGUCAAAGGAGACAUGGGGAUUACGAUUCCGAUAGGGCGGUUUCGAGGGAGGAUGAUCCUUAUAGACACGUCGAAACUAUGGAUUACAAAAGUAAAGUGAAUGAAUAUAUACCGAGGGAGAGAAGUAUCGAUGACGGAUCGCAUUAUGAUCCUAGAAUUGAUAAAAGCGUCGAAGUUUUUAACGGGAAAAAAAGCGAGAAGAAACCUCCGAGACCGGAAAAGAAAAGCGGACUUGAUAAGGUAAAGUCGUUGUUCAGUCGAGAUACGAAGAAAAAGAAAGAGAAAGUCGAAAUGGUACCCGAAGAAAAUUUAAGAGCAAGAUAUAUAGAAUAUAAAGGACGAGGAGAGCCCGUAGGGUAUACAUUGAAGAAACAAGAAAUUAGGAACCACGACUAUGUUAACCGAAGGAGAUUAUCUACCCCAAGUCCCAGUCCAACACGCGAACAUCGUAACGACAAGACUGAAUCGACAAACGGAAGUUGGUUCAAAUCUUUAGACAGAUUAUCGCGAAAAAAAUCGAAAAAGGGCGAAAAGGAGUUGAAUUUCGCCAGUGGAACUGAAGAAGAAACUCCUACGAAACCAACGAAAAAUCUUCGAUUCUUCGGAGAUACCGAUCAAGAAUCAAACGACAGUAUACGUCAUAAAACUAGUACUAAACCCCGGUCGAGAUUACCGUCCAGAAAUAGUAGUCAAUCGACACGCGAUCUCCACAACAUUUCAGAAGAGUUUAAAGCGCCAAGGAGCAGAUACAAAUCAAUGACGAAUGUUUCAGAAACUGAAAGAGAAAGUAGAAGUUCUAAAGUAAGUCUUAAACCGCCUAUGUCGCCAAACCAUCGGACUCCAAGGGAUGUAUCACGACAAGAUAAAGACAGACCAAGAAGAAGGAAAAAUGAAGUGAGUUCCGUUGAAAGUUCCACCGAAGGAGAAAGCAGUCAACAAUCCCAACGAAGCGUUGUGUAUCUACAUGCUGCUACAGUUGGUGAUAUUCCUGGACCUGGUUACAUGAAAAAUGGUCGUCGAGCUGCGUCUAGAGAAGAAUUAGCUUCCAAUGCAUCGAGAGUCCAACAAGUCAAAACAUUGAGUCGAUCUUUUUCCGUUUUAGCACCUUGGAGACCGCGCAGUACUAAAGAUAAUAUCGAUAUCGAUUAUACCCAGUAUUCGAAAAACGGAAAGAGUAGUAAAUUCGAACAAAAAGCAUCGAAAAGUCCAUCACAUCGUAAAGAAAAUUCUUCUACUCUGAAGAAAAAAGCGCAAGAGUCCAAAAAAAAAGAAUCAACUUUGAAUAAAAUAUCCAAAUCGAAAGAAAAUUUGAGUUCGCAUACUUUAGGAAGAUCCAGAGACGAUUUAUCUAAAGGAUCCAAUUCGACAUUAUAUAAGAAAAAAGAUCGUCUACCAAGAGAAAAUUCUCGAUACAAUCGAGAAAAAGAAGAAAAGAAGAUAUCGUCAAAAAGCCUCUCGGUGGAAUCUCUAAGUAGAGGCGAACGAAGAAAUCGAGAUAUUUCUAGAUCCGUAUCGAUGCCAAGAGAUCCAGAAAAAUCCGCCGGGUGGUUUAAGAUAUCCAAAAAAAGUAAAAUGAACAGCGUACAAAGACUGUGAUUCCGCGCACGUUUUACUUAAUCACAAUUCAGUGGCGUAUCGAUUUUAUAUCAAACUCUUUUAACUUUUCAUUAACUUAAUUGGUAUAAUUCUAUCAUCACCAUAUUAAAUAUGUGGAAAGCUAAUUUAAUGACAUAUUCGGUUACCGAGGACAUAAUUUACUGAAAAUGUGAACAUUCCAUUCGAAUACGCCACUGAAAAUAGUGCCAUUAAAUAAAAAGCUUGCGUUUUAUGUUCUCUCACGUUUACUGGUUAAAUUGUGUCCGAGAUGAACCAUUUUAAGUCUAAACUGACUCUUACUUAAUCAUGAAGUCUUUCUACCUUUUCAGAUGUAAGCCAUGCUGGAAUUAAAUCAUUACGUGGACACCCUUUUCCACGGCAGCUUAAAUUUUGAUUAAAUUUUUGAGUUGGUGCUUCAUAGAUCUUUCUCACUUUCAGCAUAACUCACCACGUCAUCUUCACUUAAACUUUCAUGUCUCUUUUCGCGCUUUAUCUUCUUUUUUGCUUGAAAUUGUGAUCUUUGAACUACUAGUCAUGGAGAGACUAGUACAGUAACAUCCAAAAAAAGAGUGGCACAAUCUCAACACAUGAAUAGCAUUUAUUUCAAUGGUAAUGUAAUAACCUAAAAACCAAGAAAGAUACAAUAUUUGUGACCAUUGUGGGCUACUAGCUUAGUAAUUUUUUAUAUACUUUCCUGCACGAGGACAGACAAACUUCAUUCGAUUAGCUAUCACUUUAAUCAACAAACUUUCAAUGCAAAUUUUUCUAACUACAUGAGUCUAUUGGUUAAAUCAGAUGGUUUAAUUCUUUUAAGACGUAGCCCGUCAUUACUCCAAUUUAAUAACCGUUUAGAUAACAGAAAAAAACAGGUUUACGAAAAUAUCAGGAGCGACUUAUACAACACUUCCACACUCUUCUGUUAUCCCGAUACAGAUUCCAAUUUCUGCGAUAUUUUACUAAAAAUCCAAUUUUGUAUCAGAAUGACAGAAAAGCAAGAAGAUGUACUAAAAUACCAGAAGAAUAUUAUCCCUCACAUUCUCGCUCUUAUGAUUUUCUGAUACAAAAUUCUAUUUCCGUUGAAGUAACGAAAAUUUGUAGUUUGAACUGGAGCUCUAGGAUAUUUCACUAAAAAUCCAAUUGUGUAUCAGGAUAAUAGAAAACGGAAAUACCAGGAGUAACUUAUGAAACACCUCCACACUCUUCUAUUAUCCUGAUACAGAUUCCAACUUCUGCGAUAUCUUACUAAAAAUCUAAUUUUGUGUCAGGAUAACAGAAAAGCGAGGAGGUGUGAUAAAAUACCAGGAGAAUAUUAUCCCUCACAUUCUCGCUCUUAUGUAUUAAAUAGAGUGAUUUUUAAGUUCCAGUAGCAUUACUUUUAGCCCUUUUAUCGCUUUAUUGUAUUUGCUUUUGUUUUUUGCAGUUCUAGUUUGUUGCAAUGUUUUCCUUAAGCUUCGUUUUUCUCAUAGCUUUUCUUGGACAACAUUAGGUAGUUCCUCUUAUAGUUGGGUAUUCAUCGAAUCAGGCGUGACAGAACAAGCUUCCUCUUGAAUAAUUUAAGUGAGUUCUUCAACCGCAAGUUCCGCAAGUUCUAUAUCCAAAUUUGUCUUUAGUCGGCAAUGUAAUGAGAUUUUUUCGUCUAACUUAUUUCAAAAUAGUGUCCAGUUAGUUUGGUGAUUGUAUAAAGAAGGCUGCUCACCUUUCUUUAGAAAUCUAGAAUGGUAUGUAGUUGGUAUAGUGUGUGGUCCGACGAUAACUCUAGGGAGUUUCUUCCAGCAGUGCACCUCUUGAUCUCAAUUCCUUUGGUAAAAGUCGAGAAUGUCUGGUAUUUUGUUAACAUCUGUGGGUCAGUAGGUUGGCUCACCUGUAGAGAUAUAUUUUAGGUGCAAAUUUAAAAACUUUUCUUCGUAGUUAACGUAUUUUAAUCAUUAUAUUAUCAUCUGUAAUGUAAUACUCCAAUUAAAUUUAUCCCAAGCUCUUUAUUUUCAAAAAUAGUGAUAUACUGAAAUUUAUUGUCCAUUUUUUUUUCUUCUAGUUGGUAGGAGUCAGUUAGACAUCAUCAAGCUAUAACAAUGUGCCUUAUGUAUAAUUUUUGGUAUGGUAAAAAUUUGUUUUCCUUUUCAUUACCUUAAAACCUAGUGAAAGGGAAUUUGAAUUUUAGUUUAAGUUAUCUCUAAUUCAAUCGCAUAUUCCACAAAGCUCAAAUUAAUAUUUGUAAAGAGGAUAAUUUCUUUUAACGCUUAAACAUAAUAGAAACUUAAACCUAAAAGAUGUUUUGGAUGGGUACAUGAUGUAGUAUAUAACGUAUAUUUCACUUAAACCUUUCUAUCUUUGUAUCGCCCUUAAAAUAUUAUUUGAUCAGGAAAGAUUUUCUUCAAAAGUUGGCGAUAAUCCAAACAAUAGUAACAAAACAUGUCUUACAUACUGUCACCAUAAAAUCUAAGUUUGAAUUGAAUUUUACCCUAUCCAUGCUACGUCUAUUGCAGACUAAGUCUUCGAUAAGCUCUUUUUACAUUAAAGGAACAUGAAUCAAUCAAGGUCGUUAGAGUUGUGAGUUUUAAGUGGAAUGUAGCCAUGAUGGUGUGCAAUUACUCCUCUGCAUGGCUUUUUGGUAACUAUGAUCGGGUUAACACGAUGUUGAUCUUAACGUUCGGCAAGUUAGAAUGGGAAGUGAGUAGUGUUGGGCUUAACAAUGACAGAGUACUUGGAGUUCUGCCCCUGGCCAUUGCUUCAGCUCAGAAAAAAAGAUAAAAGUCCUUUAUUUCUAGGAGAAUAUCCUAUGGGAAUUUUUGGGAUACAUGAGCGCUGUGAAGACUGACAUUCUAAUGAAUCAAAACAAUUUCAAAAGUGAGCAUACCUCUUCUUUUCUUGUAGAUAGCUAACAAUUCACACUUGGAUGGACAGUUAAAAACGAGAUCCACCUUUAGGUGACUGCAACUUAACGAAAAAUUUUGUGUUGGGCUCAACAAUGACAGAGUACUUGGAGCUGUACCCCUGGACAUUACUACAACUCAGAAAAAAAAGAUAAAAGUUUGUUUUAGAAAGCACACUUGGAUGAAAAGUCAAAAACGACAACCAUAUUUACGUGACUGCAACUCAGGAAGUUGCAUGUGGGAGUCAAUAGUGACAGACUCAACCACCUAACAAUUGUCUUAAAAAAUUGUUUUUUAAGACAAUUAUAUGAUUGUGGUAUAUUAGUUGAUUCUAUAAGAUAUCUCAUUCGAAAAUGUCUUUUGGGGUACAACUUUCAGAUGAAAUGGUAUGGAGAUUUUAACUGAUGGUUAAUACAGUCUUGCACAUUAAAAAUAUAGAAAAAACUAUAAUUAAAGUUGACGAUUAUUGUUAUAACUAUUAUACAAUAAAUAUCUUCAUUCAAUAAUUGUUAAAAGAAAUAUCCUUUAUACUUACUUAUAACUCAAAUCAUUGCUGUGUUAACCUUCUUUUGUAUAAUAAAUAAUUUCAAAGAUUCCAUUUAUUUCUCAGAAAUAAUUACUUGAAUAACAUGGUGCUAUAUUAGUUUUAUACUGACUACCCUAUUGUAAAACAAUUGUAAAUAACAAGAUUGUUGUAAAUUUUUGGUUAGGGUUAAGCCUAUAUAAUUAUUGCAAUGUUACUGUUUUUCUUUGUUACCGAGUUCUAAUGGCAAAAUUUGAAUUAAAAAUACUAAUAUGUAUAAUAAUAAUCAUCAUAAUCACGUACUAAACGAAAUAAGUGUAUGAAAAAAUAAAUCAGUUUUCUGUAAAA